CAUGGAGAACUUUGCUGUUUUGGAGAGAAAUGUUCAAGGCCUGCUGGCUGGUUUUUGAGCCAGAAAGGAAAUGCAAAGCUUUGGGGGUUUUGUGGCUGGUUGAAGGGAGGACUGGGAAUCUCUCGCAAUCUGUCACUUAAUGCUUUCAUCCCUUCGGCAUCACUUCUUCCAGACAGCUCUGAAAGAAUGGGAGCAGGCGCAUUAGCCAUCUGUCAAAGUAAAUCAGCGGUGAGGCUGAAAGAAGACAUGAAAAAGAUUGCAGGUGCACCCAUGAAAGGGCAAAGGGGCGUCUCUUGUAGGAAAGUGUUCGGGGUGAGCCUUCAGGAGCUUCAGCAUCAGGGAUUGAGCACAAAUGGCAUUCCAGAUGUCGUGAGGGAUAUUGUUGAAUACCUGACUCAGCACGGUCUGAAACAGGAAGGACUUUUCAGGGUGAAUGGCAGUCUGAAAACAGUGGAACAACUGCGAGUGAAGUACGAGAGUGGAGAAGAGGUAGACCUGGUUGCAGACGGCGACAUCAGCUCAGCUGCCAGUUUGCUGAAAUUAUUUCUAAGGGAACUGCCAGAUCGUGUGAUCACCUCUGCAGCACAUCCAAAAUUCAUGCAGCUGUAUCAAGACACCAAACAGUAUGGUCUGAGUGCAAACACUUUAAGAGAACUCUUGAGGCAGCUGCCUGAAGCCCACUAUCAACUGUUAAAGUACCUUUGCCACUUCCUCAGGAGAGUCACUGAGCAUCACUCAGAGAAUAAGAUGAACAUUUCCAACCUUGCCACAGUUUUUGGACCAAAUUGCUUUUAUGUAUCUCCUGGCUUUGAAGGUAUGAAAGAGCAAGAGACCUGCAACAAAAUCAUGGUCAAGAUGCUGGAAAACUACAAUGCCUUGUUUGAGUGUGCACACAUGAAGAAGGCGACUGAAAUACACCCAUGUGAGGAGUUGUCAAAGAUUAUAUUGGUGAAAGAGGCCAGCUGUAAGCAGAAUGUGCCUAUCAUCCUGACAAGUGUUGAACGGGAAGUUCCAAAGCUGAAUCCAAGAAACAAGAUCACAAAGUGCAAACAAGAAGGCUCUUCUCUGGCAUAUUUAAUGCCGCAGCCAAGACACUCAGAUGGAAUUCCCCGGGUUAGCAUCCAUUUAACGGACAGUUCACGUUCAGAGGAGAUGGAUUUAGCUGAUGAAAUCUCCUUCAUAAGCAGUACUGCAUUCUUCACCAGCUCCCAAGAGGAUGAAAGGCCUAUGUCACCCUUCUAUCUGAGUGCUCAUGUGUCACAGGUUAACAACAACAACAUCGCUGCUACUGGAGAAUAUUUAGAAAAGACUAUCAGGUCAGCAGUUGAGCAGCAUCUUUUUGACGCUCAUGGCUCCGGGGGUCAAAGUUCUGAAGACUCUGAAUCCGGGACCUCAUCAACAUCUUCCAAUGUGUCUGCCAGACAGCGGAGGCGACACCAUAAAGAACAGGAUGAAGUCCGAAGAAACAAAGAGAGGGAGGUCAUCAAUAAAGAGAAUAUUCCUUCUGGCUUCAACAGCAUUGAAGAGUGUAUGCUGACAGCCCAGGAAGUGGAAAAAUUGCAAGAGAACGGCUCUGGAUACGUAGGAGAAAGGAGUAAACCAAAGCGACAGAAAUCUAGCACCAAACUUUCUGAGCUUAAUGAUAACCAGGACACUCUUCUGACAAUGGAAACAUUUGCUUCCCUGAGACCUGUGGACAGAGCAGGACCAGAUGAGAUGGAAGUGUUUUCUGAAGACAGCAAAGACAAUGAAAGUGAUGGUGACUUGUUAAGACAUUCUCAGAAUUUGAGCAUGAAGAUCCAGGAGCAUCCCAGCAUUCCUGAAAGCAAAUUACAGAGGAACCAAGAGACUGAUGGGCAAGAGGAGACCUUUGUAUCAGAAGUGCCUCGGCUGGACUUGACCACUUUGUGCAGCGACAACAACAACUGGGAAGAACCUGUCCCCGCUUUCUCCUCCUGGCAGCGUGAUGGCUUAGAUUCCGACGAAGCUCGCCUCUCUCCUCAGGCCGGCCGCCUCAUUCGUCAGCUUUUGGAUGAGGACAGUGAUCCAAUGCUGUCCCCUCGUUUCUAUGCCUAUGGACAAAGUCAGCAGUACCUUGAUGACACAGAAGUGCCUCCUUCCCCUCCCAAUUCACAUUCAUUCAUGAGGAGAAGAAGUUCAUCUUUGGGAUCUUAUGAAGAUGAUCGGGAGGAUUUAACACCCGCGCAGCUGACUCGCAGGAUUCAGGGGCUGAAGAAAAAAAUCAGGAGGUUUGAGGAAAAAUUUGAAGAGGAGAGGAAAUACCGACCAUCACACAGUGACAAAGCAGCCAACCUGGAGGUGCUGAAGUGGACAAAUGACCUUGCAAAGUUUCGAAAGCAGCUGAAAGAGUCUAAAUUGAAGAUGUCAGAGGAAGAUCUGGCUCCUGUGAUGCGUCAGCGGAGCAACACACUUCCCAAAAGCUUUGGCUCUCAACUGGAGAAGGAGGAAGAGAAGAAGCAAGAGGUGGCUGAUAAAUCAACAAAACCAGCAGUGGAAGCAACCCUGGAAUCCAUGCAGAAGAAACUCCAGGAGAAAAGGGCUGAGGCAAACCGGCCUGAAGACAUUAAGGACAUGACUAGGGACCAGAUAGCAGACGAGAAGGUGGCUCUUCAGAAAUCCCUCUUGUAUUACGAGAGCAUCCAUGGAAGGCCAGUAACAAAACAUGAACGGCAGAUGAUGAAGCCCCUAUAUGACAGAUACCGUUUGGUCAAACAGAUCCUCUCAAGGGCCAACACCAUCCCAAUUAUCGGUUCCCCCUCCAGCAAGCGGAGAAGUCCUUUACUGCAGCCCAUUAUUGAGGGUGAAACUGCUUCCUUCUUCAAGGAGAUAAAGGAAGAAGAUGAUGGUUCUGAAGAAGACAGUAACACAAAACCAGAUCUCACUGUCACCAUAAAAUCAGACUGCAACGUGAUAAGUUUUUUGGACCAACUGGAAGAUGACACUGAUGGCUUUGUUUCUCCAGUUGAUGACAGGAUUCCUUCAAGAGGUGGCCAGGACAUGGGGCUGUCAAAUCUUCAUGCUGCAUCUAUGCCAGAACUUGUAGAGCAGCUUCAAGAAGUCAGAGAAGAGAAAAAGAGGAUCAGGAAAAAACUGAGAGAUUUUGAGGAUAAUUUUUUCCGACAAAAUGGAAGAAAUGUCCAGAAAGAAGACCGUACUCCUAUGGCUGAAGAAUAUAAUGAAUACAAGCAGGUUAAGGCCAAGCUGAGGCUGCUGGAGGUCUUAAUCAGCAAAAGAGAUAUUAGUUCCAAGAUCAUGUAAUGAAGUCACAUUCAAUGUUGCCAGUAGAAUUAAGAAGUUGACCAAGCCAAAGGAAUGAUUGCUUGAAGAACUCAGCAAGAGUCUUAUACCAUGAGGGCCUUUUUAGCAGUUCUCCCUGGAUUGUGGCUAACAAAAGAGGGGAGGAAGGUUGCCAACACCUUUCUCCACACUUGUGGCCUAUUUUGCCUCCAGGAUGGUCACCCAAGCCAGCACAAGUUGGAGGAAGGGGGAAUUAGGAUGCCCUCAGAAGACUCUGCACCCAGAAGGUCCUUUUGCUUUGAUCAGCCUGUGACUUGUGAACUGCUCAGACUAACCGAGUCUGAUUUAUAUCUUCUCUAACAUGUCAGUGCAAAAGAGGCAAACUAGUUUGAGUUAUCAUGAAUCUCCAAAUAAUUGUAACUGUAAUUGCCAGACCAAUAAAGCACCCAGGUCUGUUUUAAUGGGGAAGGGCUCGCGUUCUGCGGUGAUUCUGUGGUUCUGCAAUUUAGGUUUGUUGACGUUUUAGUUUGCUCCACAUGGAGCCUGAAUUGCCACUUAGUGGAAAGCAAUAUGUUGCUAGCUUGGCCUUCAACAUGACUUUUUUAAACCUUUUUUAAAAAAAAAAGAAAGAACUGUGUCCUUUGUGGAUUUUUGUCCCUCCUGAAAAGUUAUCUCACAACUGCUUCAUCAGUUUGAAUAGAGAAGAAAAACAGCUGAGGAGGUGGACCCCUCAGAGAAAUCUGUUUCAGAUACUUAAUGGUGACUUCAAGUGAUUGUUAAGUGGAAGGGACUGGGUUGUGAUUUUUCUACCAUGUUGUGGGUGACCCUAAUGUUCCUCAAAAAUAUUAUAGUAGCAGUUCCUCAACAGAACGAUCAGUAAUAGAAGACAAUAGCCUCCUCUGUUGUCACUUUUCUUCUGUAAUGAUAGAAUGAGUUAUACAAUGGAUUCUUGGUUCACGGAGGAUGAUAAUGAGAUCUGCCUGCUGAUUACUGGAAUACUUUCUAGAAGGUCCAAAGCAUGCCAUCUGUAGCUGAUGCAUAGGGGUUUCUCAGCAGACAAAAUGAUACAGAAAGGCUUCCCCAUCAUUAAAAAGUGUGAAGUUCUCUUAAUGUUUUUUUUUUAAGGGCAGUGUCAGUCUGUGCUGUUUCCUUACACUGUAAGAGCCAACGGCGAGGUUGUAUUCUUUCUGUUCAUAUUUAGCUGCAGCUGCUUGUAUGGCUGUGUUGUUGCUAUACUUUCAAAUAGCUUAUGUAAAAUUGUAGGUACAUUGAUGCACUUUAGAAAGAGAGAGAAUUUUAUAUUUUUUUAAAAAUCAAAAACAAAUAGUAAGCAUAACCAAAACUGUACUUUAAGAAAGAAAAACAAUAAUAAUGUUUUGCCUACUUGGCCUUUUUGUUAUGCCAUUCUUCUGGGGAGGAAAAGUAUGUCUAAAAUUCAUUUUUAGGAUCUGUCUACAGAAGCAAGCAGCUGAUGGGAAAGUUAUGUUGUAACCAACAGAAACUUUUCCAAUGCCAGCCCUAGGAAGUUUUUCAAUGUGUGUUUGAUAACAGUGAAGAAUGGCUGAUCAGGGUUCAUAGAGCUGCUUCCUUAUCUGUAACUAUGAAAAUCUGUUAAAUUGAAAACUUGGUUACAAAAUUCACAAAUCCCAUUAAAUUAAUGCUUGUCAUAACUGAAUAGCAAUUAUGAAGAUUUUCUGAUUAAAAUUGAUGCACAAAAAUGUGGGCCUGGAUCCAAAGAAACUAGUACUGUGAGCCUAAGCCGGGGUUGGAAUUGUGAAGCCCUAGAGAUUUUGUUGAACUGCAGAUCCUUCGGCAUUGGUUAUGGUAAUUAGGGCUGUUGGGAGUUGGAAGUUCAAUGACAUAUGGUGAGCUGCACAGUUCUCAUCCAUAGCCUAAAGGAACUGUAUGGUUAUUUCCCUCAUAGAUCAAAUCCUUUAUUGCCACAUGACAGAAUGCUUUCGAAAUUGAGGGGGCAGAGGCAUGAAGAAAAAGUAGCCAAAAACUUCACUAGGCCAACACAAGCCACUGACUUGAGCCUCUCAAUGCAAUCCUGUACAUAUUGACUCAGAAUUACGUUUUACUGAGUUCAGUGAAAUAAUACUUUCAGGUAGGCGUCACAGGACUUCCUCCUAAGAAACUCUUUGGAUCUCCAUCAUCAUUUUUACUACAGCUUUUCUUACCAAAAUUACUGCUUGUAACUUUUUUUAAAAAAUGUUAUAUACAGGUAUCUAGUUUCAGUGUCUAGAUUAAGAUAACCUCUGUCCUGUGACACUAAUAGAGUGAUGCAACAUGAGUGAGAAUGGUUCAGAUGUGGAUCUCAGUUUUCUGUUUGAGCCCAUGUGCUUCUAUUUCAAAAUGUUAAUAUAAAUAAAUGAGGUUGAGAUGUUUAUUUUAAAGCAAAAUAAGAAUGGUAAUUAAUGAAUCACACUCCGAUAUAAAUGAUUCCUAGAUUCUACUUCUAAAAAUGAAAAGAAAAAAAAACCUGGUAAUUUGUGAACAGGCAAACAGUCCAAUCGUUAACAUUUUUAUAUUAAAAUAAAUGUGGAACAGUGAAUGUUAUCUUCUAUGAAUCAUUUUGUUAGGCUUCCAGGUUUGAUUUGUGUACUUGUGUUCAGCCUGAAUAUUUUGUAGCCUAAAUUGCUUUUUCUUUAACCAAAAUGAAAGCACCUGCAGGUUCAAGGCAAGGAAAAUGGUAUGAGCUAGGCUUCCUGAUGGGUUGGAUGGCAUGAAAUGGUUAUUUAUCCCCAGAAGAGAAGCCAACUCCUAUCAAGGUGUGUAUCUGGUGCCCAGGUCAGCUAAGUAAAAACUUGCUGAGCUCCCACAAUCCCUGUGACAAUUCUUCUUGCUGUUCAGAAGAGAAAAUGGCCAAAUGGUAAAUGUCAUGCUUAUCCUCCCUGACUUUGAAAGAUUAAUCCCUUUUUAAGAGGAUUUAUGUUCCUACAAUUGGAAAAUGCCAGCAAGUUCUUACAGUUCAAUUGCACUCCUAUCGCUAUGGUGAGAAAAGCAGGUGGAAGGAGUGGUUGGAAUCUGAUCCUGCUCUCUUUUGGGCAUAACCUGAAAAGGGUGAAAGAGCUUCUCAACAAGUUUGGUAAAGUCCUCUGAAAAGUUACAGACGCUGGCUGGCAUCCUAUUAGGUAUUUAUGUUACCAUAAACUGACAUGCAGUUUCAGAAAGGUGAUUCGCUCAUAUUAUGGUGGUGUGUAUCGUUCAUAUUAUCAGGAAACAGAGAUGUCUCUGGGACCAUUGCACAAAUGGUGCCUGCAGUGUGACUGUUGUGUAGCAUGGUGCUUCAUUGUGCAUUGUUGCACUUCACUAGCCUGGUUAUGUAUCAUGUCACUGAUGUAACUCCAUCAUAAAAGUUAUGCAUUGUAGCCUCUGGUGCAGGAUCUCAGCUGCCUUCUUCACAGAUCUAGUGGCAUACUGGUUGGAUGCACAACUGCUCUCGGUAGUUGUGUACCAUGUGAGUGAGUUUAUCCCAGGGUACUUUGCAGCAUGCAAAGUUGUCCUCUUAUCCCUUUCCCUCUGAACCACUAACAUUCCUGCCUCAAGAAAUUGCCUUAUGUUUCAGCUUUGGUGGAAGCACAGCAAUGGAGAGGCUAUGUGACUGUUGAUCAUGCUACUGAUGUGAAGGACUGUUUAUAUUCAGAGAUAGAUUAAACAAGGAUUGUAGAGACUAUGGCUAAUGAAAAGAGGUAAUUUGCCAUCAUAAUCUCCCUGCCUACUUCUAGGUUUAUGUUUCCAAAUGGAUGAUCCCCUGCAGAUCUGCAGAGGUGCCCUCAUAAAACUGUAAUUCCCAGGACUCUUUGGAGCAAUUAUUAAACCAACAUUAAACUAGGGAUCUGAACAUGGUCAUCUUGGCUUGUUGAGUUUUUUUCAAAACCCUUCCCCUCUUGUUUCAUACUGGGUUGUAAGAUGUUCCAUCCUCUUGCCACACCAAAAUAUGUGCAGAUUUUUUCCUAAUUUACACAUUUAAUUGUACAAUUGAUUUAAUUUACACAACUUUUCCCAGUUAACUAAAGCAGGGGUUGGAAUCAUAAAACCUUCAGGUCACAUGCAGCCUGAGAAAAAUAGUGUCAGCAUUGGGACCCUCCGGAAAGCCUCCUACAAAUUUUUUCCCUUCUUGGAUACAAUUAUUUUUUAUAAUAGCAUUUUGUGGGGUCACCACCUAAAACAGGGCCUUGAAAGUGAUUUAGGAGUGGCAAAUAAUUGGCACAGCACAACCUAAAAGGGUUCUCUGGGCCAUCCUUAAGUAUUUCUUUGCCUUUUCCCCAUUCUGCACAUUUUAGCCAUUCACAUUUGAACACACAUUGAUUUGCACACUUUAUUUCUCUUUAAAUCUCAGUAAACCUCACAAACGUGUGCGUGCUUGAGGCAAGGUUCACAUCUUCUCUCCACUGGUAUCAGGUGAAUCAAACGUUACUUUCCCCAAGACUGUUGAAUCCAUAAAUUAUUUCUAGAAAAUUGUCGUCUAGUUAUGUCCUUUUUGUCUUUGCUUCUCCACAACUGUCCCAUUAUAAAUUCUGGUGAAAUGGUCUCAGAGUUACCUUGUUCCUUGCCACAGCCAGGUAAUUUUAUCAAAAUGAUUCUGUUCAUAAUGUAGAAAAAUCAUAAUGUAGGAAACCAAGGAAGCACAAGACAAAUGAUUCACCCAAUCCCAUCCUGCUUUUCCCCACAAUGAAAGCACAUGGUCCUUUUGAGAGUACCAAAUACUGUAUGUCACUAAUAAAAGUGGCCUAUUCUUUGGGCAACUUCUUCCCAACAUUUCUGUUAAAAAUUAUCCUAGAGACACUAUGACUUCUCUGAAAAUAUCUGAGCUUUUAUGAUGGCAAAUAAAACCAAAGGUGCUUUGAGGGGUAAGACUCCUAUCAUGUAUACCCAGAGACACUGUGCAAAUAAUUCAUGUUUUUUCUUAAAUGUUUUUUCCUGGUAUGGAAACAGGCAGAAGCAGCUGAAGGAAAACUUCAUCUGAGGGCAUCGAAAAACAGGAGAUUUGUAAAUAUUCCUGAAUCUCCAAUGAGGUGGCAUAUAUGCAAAUACUUUAUAAUAUCAAGUCAGGUGUCAAAUUGUAUUUCAUUUUUGUAUCAACUCGACAUUGCUGAUAGGUGUUCUACACUUGUUUGAAAACAAAAUGUUUGCAGUGAUCUUCAGCUUGUUUAGCUCUCUGCAUGCACUGACAAUCCGUAUCUUGACUGUCUGUAUGUAAUACCUAGAAUUCUAUUAUGUCAGACACAAUCCAGGACAAGUCCUCUGUGCAAGUUCAAAACCUGAAAAGUUACUUUUUAGACUAUACACCCACAAAUCUUCCAGCCAGCACAGCCACUGAAUAUGCUGGAUGGUGGAUUCUGGGAGCCGUACUCCAAAAAGGAACUUUUCUCAGGUCUGCAUAAGCCCUGUUGAAAUGAGAGGAUACUAUUGUACAGCUUUCAGCCAUUUCAGUACAGCAUGUGCAAAAGCUGUUCCUCAAGACCUGUGCCUCUAUGUUGUAUGGAUAUACGGCUUCUUUAUGCCAAAAACUACCAUAUGUACCAUGUAAGGUGUAUAAAUCCUUUUGCCAGACUUCACUCUUGUUAUAAAAGCAACAAUACCGUUUUUCCUUAGCUUUAGGCACCAGCUUGUGGGCUCCCUUCUCUUGUUUACAUCACUUAAAAGAUAACAAAAUUCAGUUGUAGCUGUCUUUCUUUUUUUAAGUAAAUUGACAACUGUUCUGUGUGUACAUUUUUGUACAUGAUUGUAUUUUGUAUAAAACAAAAUAAAGCCUAUUUUUGACUGCAA